AUGGUUGAAUGCGCAGUAAAAAACAAUAUUAUUUUAGAUGAAAACAAAGGAAACCUUUGGUUUAUAUCUUUCUCAGGCUCUUCAAAUAACACUCGCAGUCUGUUUACUGCAUUCUUUCUUUCUCUCACUUUUUUAUCUAUCUAUCUAUCUAUCUAUCUAUCUAUCUAUCUAUCUAUCUAUCUAUCUAUCUAUCUCAGCUUCUCCCUCCCCCCAUUCUCAUCCGUCAUCACCUCUGCUACUUUCUUUUCUCUCACUCUCUUUUCAUUUUCACUAGCUCUUCCUUUUCUUUUUAUUCACGAUUCUCUUUUUCCAGUUCUUUCUUCUUUUUCCUCUCUCAAUCUAUUAAGCACUUUUCUCAAAGCUUUAUCCGCUACGUCAGCAGCCUUCAUAUGUUUUCGUCCCCGCCUCCCAGACGGCCUCGUUUUCAACUUUUGCUUUCAUCCUUCUACAACUCCUCGACCCAUCUCCCAACCGAUUCUUCUGUACUAUACCGUAGUCGGCUUGCUUUUGGAUAUUAUCGACUGCCCUUUAACCUGA